AUGAGUUCAAAUUCUGAAAGUGAAGUGGAAAUACCAAAAAAGAGAAAAAAAGGCUCUAUACACAGUGAAUGUUAUAAGAGAAAUAUAAUUAAAAAGGCAAAACUACGUGGUUUACAACACACUAAUUAUGCUGGCAAAAAUAUCCCGGCCAAAGACAUUGCUGGUGAUAACUGUUGCUCUCGGAAAAAAUGUUUAAGCCUUUUUCGUGAGAUCGAAAAAUGUAACAUGCUUCAAUUAUUUAACGAAAUGGAUUCAAAAGAUCAACAAGACUUGCACUUGCAAAGACUCCUGGAAAUACAUAAUGUUUCUCGAAAAAGGGGAAAAAUAAAUGCUGUCAGAAACAAACCAAAGUCUUUAACCGUUAAAUACUUUGUACUUAAUGAAAAAGAAAGAAUUGAAGUAUGCAAAAAUGCUUUCUUAUCAAUUUACGGGGUAUCGAAGAAGCGUUGCGAACGGCUUGUUUUCCUAUUAAAAAAUAAUAAAAGUCCACGAGAUAUGCGUGGCAAAAACGUUAGUGGAAAUGCAAUAGCAGGGCACAUCAUUGCAAACAUUCGUAGUCAUAUUGAAUCUUAUCCUGUGAAAAUCUCACAUUAUACAAGUAAAGAAGUUCGAUACUUGGACAGUAAGUUGUCAGUAAAAUUAAUGUAUGAAAUGUUCAGUCAGAAGCACCCAGAUAAUAAAAUUUCAUAUAAAUUUUUUUGGACCUAUUUUAAAGAAAAUUAUGAUUUGAAAUUUGGCAGACCAGCAAAAGAUACAUGUCCUACUUGCGAGGAGCUCAAUGCAAAAAUUAAAAGUGAAACUUUAAACGAGGGUGCCAAAAGAGUAGCAGUUGCUGAACUUCUUAUUCAUAAACGUCGCAGCAAAAAAUUUUAUACAGCCUUAAAUUCAACAAAAACAUUAAGUGAAGAAAAUGAUGAUAUUCUAUCCAUUAGCAUUGAUUAUAUGGCUAAUGUUUCAUUGCCGCAAAUUCCUGUGCAGGAUGAUCUUUACUAUUUCCGUCAACUUACAGUAUGUACUUUCGGAAUCCACAAUUUAAAAACAAAAAAUAUGACUUGCUAUGUAUACCAUGAAGGAGUGGCAGGCAAAGGAGCAAAUGAUGUAUGUUCCUUUUUAAAGCAUUACUUUGACCAAGAUAAAGAGCAUACAUUUAAAAAACUCCACAUUUUCUGUGACAACUGUUGCGGACAAAAUAAGAAUAACACAAUGGUUCGAUUUUUAAUGAGUUUAGUGGAACUUAAAAGAUUUGAGGAGAUACAAAUUUACUUUCCUCUGAGAGGUCAUUCGUUUAUGCCAUGCGACCGUGACUUCGGUUUAAUCAAAAGGCAACUUAACAAACAUGAAAGAUAUUAUACAGUCCAGGAAUAUAUCGAAAUAAUCACGAAGGCUUCAAAGGAUCCACAAAAAUUCUCAAUUGUAGAGGUUUCAAGAGAUUUAGUGUUUGAUUAUAAAAACUGGUGGUCAGAUUUUUACAGAAGAACCUGUUUGAGUAACGAAUCAUAUGGAAAAAAUGUACCUCGGAGCAAAAAAAAAUCGUUCACUAUCUCCUCAUUUUAUCACAUGACCAUUUCUUCUGCUGAAGAAAUAGUUUGCCGAGAAUUUAUAAAUUCUUUUGUAUCGGAUACAUUCCGACUGAGGAAUACUAAACGUACAAUAACCUACCCUACAACAAAAGUUUAUACCGAAAAGCUUCCCAUUAAUGAGAAAAAGAUGGCUGACAUAAAGAACACUAUUAAAUUUAUUCCGGACACUUAUUUGGCAUUUUGGGAAGAAAUUACUGCAUGGCCCACUGGAGAAAAUGAUCGAGAAGAUCAAUAA